ACAGCGUCGAAGCCCAGGGGGCACGCUCGGAUGGGCUUGCGCAAACGCCACAACUUUCCAGCACGACCCCCGAAAGUAUCCCGGGCGCAAAGUUGGCGCAGUCCGCUCCUCCUCCGCAGCGUUGCCCUCCCCGUGGGGCGCGCGGCGGGGACGCGCGAGCUCCCGCGCGGGGCCGGCUCGGGGGACGCGGGGCUCAGCGAGGCCCGGCUCCGGCCCCCUGAAUUGGGGGGUCCGCGUCUGCCCCAAACGCCGCUUUCUUCCGUUUUCCAUGUCAUUUCCUGUACUAAUAAGAUGGUGGUCAAAGCAGGGGAGGAGAGCAGCAGCGAGUCGCCGCCGCGCUGCCGCUGGCGCUGAAACUUUGCCCGGCCGGGGACCUCGCGCGCGGCUGCCCCGUCCCGCCGCGUCCCGCCGCCCCGGCCCCGGCCCGGCCCGCCGCCCCGCGUGGGAGCCCGCGAAGGACAGAAUGACUGAGAACACGAAGGAGUGUUUGGCCCACACCAAGGCGGCUGUAGGGGACAUGGUGACAGUAGUGAAGACAGAGGUCUGCUCACCACUCCGGGACCAGGAGUAUGGCCAGCCCUGCUCUCGAAGACUGGAACCAUCUUCCAUGGAAGUUGAACCCAAGAAACUGAAGGGAAAGCGUGACCUCAUCGUGACCAAAAGCUUCCAGCAAGUGGACUUCUGGUUCUGUGAGUCCUGCCAAGAAUACUUCGUGGAUGAAUGCCCGAACCACGGUCCCCCCGUGUUUGUGUCUGACACGCCAGUGCCUGUGGGCAUCCCAGAUCGGGCAGCCCUCACCGUUCCGCAGGGCAUGGAGGUGAUAAAGGAAGCUGGCGGGGAGAGCGACGUGCGGUGUAUAAACGAGCUCGUCCCCAAGGGCCACAUCUUUGGCCCCUAUGAGGGGCAGAUCUCUACCCAGGACAAGUCAGCUGGCUUCUUCUCAUGGCUGAUUGUGGACAAGAACAACCGCUACAAGUCCGUAGAUGGGUCAGAUGAGACCAAGGCCAACUGGAUGAGGUACGUGGUCAUUUCCCGGGAGGAGAGGGAGCAGAACCUCCUGGCAUUCCAGCACAGCGAGCGCAUCUACUUCCGGGCAUGCCGAGACAUCCGGCCAGGAGAGCGGUUGCGAGUCUGGUACAGCGAGGACUACAUGAAGCGCCUGCAUAGCAUGUCCCAGGAAACAAUCCACCGCAACCUGGCCCGGGGAGAGAAGAGGUUGCAGAGAGAGAAGGCUGAGCAAGCCCUGGAUAACCCAGAAGACCUAAGGGGCCCCACUCAGUUCCCUGUGCUGAAGCAGGGCAGAAGUCCUUACAAGCGCAGCUUUGAUGAGGGGGACAUACACCCUCCAGCCAAGAAGAAGAAAAUAGACCUCAUCUUCAAGGAUGUGCUAGAGGCCUCACUGGAGUCUGCUAACGUGGAAGCCCGCCAGCUGGCUCUGAGCACCUCCCUGGUCAUCCGGAAAGUCCCCAAGUACCAGGACGAUGACUAUGGCAGGGCUACCCUGACACAAGGCAUCUGCAGGACCCCAGGGGAAGGGGACUGGAAGGUCCCUCAGAGGGUGGCCAAGGAGCUGGGCCCGCUGGAAGAUGAAGAGGAGGAGCCCACAUCAUUCAAAGCCGACAGUCCUGCUGAGGCCUCCCUGGCAUCUGACCCCCAUGAGCUGCCCACCACCUCCUUUUGCCCUAACUGCAUUCGCCUGAAAAAGAAAGUGCGGGAGUUGCAGGCGGAGCUAGACAUGCUUAAGUCUGGAAAGCUGCCUGAGGCCCCGCUUCUGCCACCGCAGGUACUGGAGCUCCCAGAGUUCUCAGACCCUGCAGCCUCAGAAAGUAUGGUCUCCGGCCCCGCCAUCAUGGAGGACGAUGACCAGGAAGUGGAUUCUGCAGAUGAAUCUGUCUCCAACGACGUGAUGACGGCAACUGAUGAGCCCUCCAAGAUGUCCUCUGCCACCGGACGCCGCAUCCGGCGCUUCAAGCAGGAGUGGCUGAAGAAAUUCUGGUUCCUCCGGUACUCCCCGACCCUGAACGAGAUGUGGUGUCAUGUGUGCCGCCAGUACACAGUGCAGUCCUCACGCACUUCCGCCUUCAUCAUCGGCUCCAAGCAGUUUAAAAUCCACACCAUCAAGUUGCACAGCCAGAGCAACCUGCACAAGAAAUGUCUGCAGCUGUAUAAACUGCGCAUGCACCCGGAGAAGACAGAGGAGAUGUGCCGCAACAUGACCCUGCUCUUCAACACCGCCUACCACUUGGCGCUGGAGGGGAGGCCCUACCUCGACUUCCGGCCCCUGGCAGAGCUGCUGCGGAAGUGCGAGCUCAAGGUGGUGGACCAGUACAUGAAUGAGGGGGAUUGCCAAAUCCUUAUCCAUCACAUUGCCCGGGCACUGAGAGAAGACCUGGUGGAGCGCAUCCGUCAGUCGCCCUGCCUCAGCAUCAUCCUGGAUGGGCAGAGUGACGACCUUCUGGCUGACACGGUGGCUGUCUAUGUGCAGUAUACCAGCAGCGAUGGACCGCCAGCCACAGAAUUCCUAUCCCUGCAGGAGCUGGGCUUCUCCAGCACGGAAAGCUAUCUCCAGGCGCUUGACCGGGCCUUUGCUGCUCUGGGCAUCCGCUUACAGGAUGAGAAGCCAACUGUGGGCCUGGGAGUGGACGGGGCCAACAUCACCGCCAGCUUGCGUGCCAGCAUGUUCAUGAGCAUCCGCAAGACGCUUCCGUGGCUGCUGUGCUUGCCCUUCAUGGUGCACCGGCCGCACCUGGAGAUCCUGGAUGCCAUCAGUGGGAAGGAGCUGCCCUGCCUAGAGGAGCUGGAGAACAACUUGAAGCAGCUCCUCAGCUUCUACCGCUACUCCCCACGCCUCAUGUGUGAGCUGCGCUCCACGGCCUCCACCCUGUGCGAGGAGACUGAAUUCCUGGGGGACAUCCGUGCCGUAAGGUGGAUCAUUGGUGAGCAGAAUGUCCUGAACGCCCUUAUCAAGGACUACCUGGAAGUGGUGGCCCACCUGAAAGAUGUCAGCAGCCAGACGCAGCGGGCCGAUGCUUCCGCCAUAGCCCUGGCCCUGCUGCAGUUCCUAAUGGACUACCAAUCCAUCAAGCUAAUCUACUUCCUGCUGGACGUGAUCGCCGUGCUGUCACGCCUGGCCUACAUCUUCCAGGGCGAGUACCUCCUGGUGUCGCAGGUGGACGACAAGAUCGAGGAGGCUAUCCAGGAGAUCAGCCGGCUUGCGGACUCCCCGGGAGAGUACCUUCAGGAAUUCGAGGAGAAUUUCCGAGAGAGCUUCAAUGGGAUCGCCGUGAAGAACCUCAGGGUGGCAGAGGCCAAGUUUCAGUCCAUCAGGGAGAAGAUCUGCCAGAAGACACAGGUCAUUCUGGCCCAGAGGUUCGACUCCCGAAGCAGGGUCUUUGUGAAAGCCUGUCAAGUGUUCGACUUAGCGGCCUGGCCCAGGAACAGCGAGGAGCUCCUCAGCUUUGGCAAGGAGGACAUGGUUCAGAUCUUCGACCACCUGGAGGCCAUUCCUGCCUUCUCCCGGGAUGUGUGCCGUGAAGGGGUGGACCCCCGGGGGAGCCUGCUGAUGGAGUGGAGAGACCUCAAGGCUGAUUACUACACCAAAAAUGGCUUCAAAGACCUCAUCAGCCACAUCUGCAAGUACAAGCAGAGGUUUCCACUCUUGAACAAGAUCAUUCAGGUCCUUAAAGUUCUCCCCACCUCCACCGCCUGCUGUGAGAAAGGCCGAAGUGCCCUCCAGCGGGUCCGCAAAAACCACCGCUCCCGCCUGACCCUGGAGCAGCUCAGUGACCUGUUGACAAUUGCCGUGAACGGGCCACCCAUCGCCAACUUUGAUGCCAAGCGAGCCCUGGACAGCUGGUUUGAGGAGAAGUCUGGCAACAGCUACACACUGUCAGCCGAGGUCCUCAGCAGGAUGUCUGCCUUGGAGCAGAAGCCCAUGCUGCAGGUUGUGGACCACGGCUCUGAGUUCUACCCAGACAUGUAGGGGGCCUGCGCUCCAGAGGCCAAAAAGCCGGUGAAUAUUUUUUUAAUCUAUACUCAUAAGCUUUGAUAUAUUAUAUAAAUAUAUAUUAUAUUAUAUAUAUAUAUAUAUAAACCCACACUGAAAUUUUUUUAAAAACUAAGUUAAUUAUGUCCACCAGAAGCCACUCACAGCUUUCAGAAAGGAGCAAUGUUGGCAUCUGACUCUCGUCUCGCACUUGGCAGCUGCAGCCCUCGCGACAACUCAUCCUCACUCACACAGCGUGUUCUGGGGCCACACGUGUUCCCACCAAACCGUCAAAGCGGCAUACGCUACAUGAUUCUCCUGUCACCUUGAAGUGGCUUGUUCUGUUCUGUUCUCAUGUGUUGGUCGAGGGCUGGGGCUGGCCUUGCCUUCUUUUUGAGGUGGUCUUAUGGCUGGGGGCCUUGUGGUCACAGAUCCAUUACGUCAGGGCGUCCAGGGGGGUGAAUUGGGUUUCUGGACUGGACUAUCUGGUCUUUCUCCCCUUACCUGACUUCAGCUUGGGAGAUCUUUCAUUCUUCGUUUUCUGAUUGAUUCCUUCCCUUGUCCCUUGUCAAAUGCACCAGUGUCCCUCAGCAGUGAGCCCGCUGUGCUCCCCAAGUCACCUCUCCCUGCCCUAGGUUGUCAGUUCCCUUCUUCAGGCCUCUGGAGUUUAAAGAUAUAGGCUGUUACACUGAACAUAUUGGUUUUUUUUUUUCACAUUUGAGCUUGAAAUCUCGGGAGCGGCAGGAGGGUAAGCUUCGUGCCUGUCCUUCCCAGCCCGGAGGAUAAAGCAUUAUACUUCCAUCCAGAUCUUGGGCUGUUGGGGAGACAAUGAGCCAAGAGAUCUAAACUCCAACAGGACCACAGUUUUUUGGCUAAAACCAGGUAAAAUGAAAAGUGUAUAUUCAACUUUCACAUUUUUUUUUGUCUUUAUAAUUAUGGAAUGUAUUGCGGGACUUUGUGUUUCUUUUCAUAAUCAAGGAGCAGCUGUUUUGUAGUUCAAGGGCAGCACUAUCAAUGCAAGUCAUGCCCUGGGUUACACAGAACUCAGAGAGUGCCUAGAGAGGCUGUUCCUUUUGCAAAAGGCUGACGAUGUGCUCCUCAGCCUUGCAGGAAGGUCACAGGACAGCAGGCAGUGUUUCCCUGCCUGGGAACUCUUCCUAUUUUGAAUAGAAUUGAGAUGUCCUAUAGAAAAGAAGAAAACAGGAAGUGAGGCAGGAUUCUCAAGGUACAAGCUUGUAUACACACACACACACACACAUACACACCACACGCGCACACACAUACACACACUUUGCAACUACAUAUAAGCUUUAGAAAUGCCUCUUGUCCCCCCCACUUAGGGGAGAAAUCAGUGGUUUAAACUAGAGGAGUCUGACCAAUGUUCAUUUAUCUACCAGUAUACCUCGCAAAGAGUUUUCAGAAAUGUGCAUGAGCUGUUACAAACUUCUCUCCAGUUUCCACAUCUGAUCUGUGCAGUCUGUGCAGAUCCCAGAAUGUGGAUACAGGGUUAUGUUUGGGGAAGGGAGGGAGAUCUGAAGGACCUGCCCGUGGUCAGUUCUGCAAAGAACUGUCCCUCUCCUUCAGUGGGGUAUUGGGGAUUCAGCCACAAGCAAAGCCCCCCAUACCCUGAGCCUGCCCAGCUGGGCCUACAACUAUGUGGUAGCUUCCUUCCUUCUGGGUUCGACUCACCUCUGAGGCCUCAUGGAAAUGUCAUUAACACUGAACAUGUUGCUACCCUUUCCUGGUUCCGCAGUCUGUCCGUCCUCCCUCAGAUUCUCCCUUUGCCUCCAUGGUCUUGGUGCUAAGAUAACUUUAGAAUCAUUGCUGCUAGCCAAUAGCUUCUCAUGAUAUAAAUAUUAUAUAUAUAUAUUAUAUAUUAUUUUUGAAAUGUUUUCGUUUUCAAUAGUGAUGUAGCAUGUUAAAGCAAGAAACAAAACUGAACAAACAAAGAACUGGGUCUUUCCAACUGUCCCACUGCCAGGCCUCUUGUGCUGCCUUCGUCAACUAGUUGAUACACCCCGCCUGGUGGCUUCUGCCCCUCAUCUCACUCUGGUCCCCAUCUUGACUCCUUGCCCUCUGAGCAGGGAGAGUUAGCCGGAUCUAGGUAGGAAACCUCAAAGCCUCUUUCAGGGACCUGGGAACCCCCAGCCUCAGCCCCCUCGCUCAUGCUGCGCUCGGGUCUCUCCAGCUGCCCCUCCUCCCCUGGGCCAAGCCUAGCAGGAGCCUCAUGGGCUGUUGUGAAGCACAAGGUCUCCACCUGCCUGGUUACUGCCCCGGGACCUCGUCUCCUCACAGAUGCAGACUUUGGUCUGGGACAAUUUCCUUGAAGAUUGAAUGGGCCGAGUGGGUUCAGAGUAGGAAUGGCUGGCAGGGCAGGUCACCCAUGGGCAGCCCGCAGGCAUAAACAGUGACCUGGGUCUUUCCUUCUUGCCAACAGUUGCCUUACACCUCUUCUCCCCAGGGUAUGGGGCUUCCUUUCCCAGGAAGGGACCUCUCCCAGAUGGCCCUAAGCCAGACAUGUGAAACCAGGACCCACCUGUCCCCUCCCAAGGGGCUGUAGCUGAGUGAACUCAAGUCCUCAGCUAUAGAGACACAUUCUCCCAGGCCAAGCCGAUGUUACCUGAGUCUCCUCAAGAUACCCAGGAUCAGUAGAAGCCUAGAAGAAUGAGCUGUUCUGGCAACAUCAUGUGGCUGCAGAGUCACCCAUUCCCUGGUCCUCUGUCUCCCCAAACCCCACCUCUGUCCUCUGCUACAAUGGCCUCUGCCUCAGAGCCACUGAGAAACUGAGCUCUCCUAGUGUCUUACAUUUGGUCUUUGAAACUCUGGGUGCCCAGCAGGGCUGUGACAGAGCCCUAUGGGCCACUUCGCCUUGGGAUAAUGAAUGGCUAAGGGAGGUUGAGGAUAGACCCCAUGCAGUCAGCUUAGAUGCUUCCUGGGAAGGUCAGGGCUACUGCCCAGUGACUUCCGUUUGUGAUGCCCUGUGACUACAGGCCUGUUCUCACACUCCUCUUGGAGAAGGGCUUGGGCCAGCCCACCCUUCAUGACUGGCCAGAGAACCAUAUGUCCGACUCACCUCACAUCUUGGCUGGGUUAACAGACUAUGGGAAGGUAGGCCUUAGAGUGUAAAUGUAGUCAUUUCUGCUGGAACAGGGACUGUAACUCAGUCUCUGGAGUAGAACUGGUAGUCAUGGGCGUAGAAUGAAAUGUAUCUGUGAGGCUGAGACUUAGUCUCCCUGGGCUAAUAGUGACUCACAUUGGCUCAAGUUGGCGAGGGUAGAAAGUGAGGCAGUGUUGAAGACUGAGGCUUGUGGCCAUUGUGCCAAACGGGUACCUUGCCGAACCAUAUGGUUACAAUGUGCCCCUGAGCAAAGGAAAACAAUGACCACCGAGACAGUGGACUACUCAGCUCUGUGGGCAGCUCCUGCCUAGUUUGAAUCCCUCCAGAGACUCCAGAGUGCAGGCAUCAGAAGUACCAGAGCUUUCGUUUUGUAAUGUCUGCUGUGGUCUCCAGCUGACUCACCGCAGCCUCACUGGGGAACGAGAGCGAGCGCACUGAGCUCCAGGACCCUGUGUGGGCAAGUUCUGCCAGGAGCCCCGACUCUGAGGUCCCCAGAGCUUCUGCCCUCUGCUCUGGCUGUGUGUUCCCAGCCUGAGCUGUUUUGCUCAAGUUUCUGUUUGGCUUGCUCACACAAGGUCUUUGAUUUGGGGCAAGGACCUUGGAGUGACUUGAAGCACCUUUUAAGUGUAUUUCAUUUGUUUGGAGGUGGGGAGGGAAUGGGGGAAGGUGUGGAGAGGGUGGACAUGGCCGUAGAGAGGGAGAAAUGGACUUAAGAUGUUACCCAGCCUGACCUUGAGGACUGGCAGCCAUUGCUGGCCACCUGAAAGGCGAGGUGGGCUAGUAGAGGCCAGAUGGGUUGAAGCCUGAUUUCUGUCUUCUAGAACAUUCUUUGUUUUCAUCUCUGCCUCCUUGGAAGGCAUCCCAACCUAUUUUCAGUGUAUAGUCUGGGUUCUAACCCAGAUGUGUGCUUUUCUUUUUCUUUUUGUGGUCCAUGCACUCCUUUUGGGCAUAGACCCAGGGUCACUGGAGCUUAUGUGUACCCUGGAUGUCUUCUAAGAAGCAGCCCAGCCAGACUGGGCUAGCGACUGAGGCAGGGAGAGUGGGCCUCGGAGUGAGGAAAGGGGGCACAGCCGGCAGUUAAGGUGGGACCGCACCUUCACACACUGCCCUGAUUCCGAUCUGACUGUUCCUCCAAUCCUUGAGGGGAGAAAGUGCGCUAGGUGUGCAUGGUCCUUCUGUUCAGAGGAAUGCUCUUUUCUGGUCCUCUGUUAGUCAGGGUCACUCUAAGAGUCUUUGAGGUAAUCUUUGCAUGUUAAUGAGAGGGAGAAAAAGUGCCCUUUGGAGAGGAAAAUAGUAUGGCCCUCCUCUUCCAUCUAGCGCUCUCUCCCCUUCCCCCAUCCCUUCAGAUGGUAUCACCCUAGAAAUACCUAUGCAAUCCAGUCUCCCCGGGAGGCUGUGCAUGGAGGCAGGGGUACGUGCAGUGUAUCAUACUGAUGCUAAGGCAUAUCAAUUGUAAAUACAGACAUAUGCAGUAUGUAUACAUGCAGAGUAAGAGAGUAAAUCACGUCUAUAUAUCUAUAAAUAAUAUCCUAUAUAUUUAUACAUUUUUAUGUUUUAAAUAGAUAUAAAAAUAGUCUAUAGAGCUGGAAGGGUGGUGGGGAAGCCUGGUGCUGGGUCAGGCUGGGGGAGGGGACAGGGCUCUGGAGAGGAGGUGGGACUGCUCAUCAGAAUGGGUUGCUAGCCACUGAGGGGGCAUUUGGGGUGUUGGAGAGGAGGGUGGCUGGGUCCAGGCGCUCUCCAUGCACUUUCUGUCCUUUCCUGCCAGCCAAGGCUGAGGCUGGAAGGAGAUACCCCGAGAGCUCCAACUGCAGCACCCCUACCUCCCACCACCAGCAGCCUGCCCUUAGCUGGUCAUCGCUGCUUAGCAGUAGAGGCUUGGACUUGGCCCCUGACCCCUAGUGGAGGGGCCUCUGCACAAACUCCCCAAUACCCAUCCCUAUCUGGAGUGACCAGCAUUGAUGGUGGUAGGGAAGGGGCACCUGGGACGAAUAGUUGUCAGCCCCAUUUCCCAGAUGCCUUUGCCUAACCCCAGAGGCCAAGCCUCUGACAUACAGCCGUCCUGGGCUCCUUCACCCAUUCAACCACUGUCUCUAGAGCACUGGGAGCUGAGGAAGGCAGUGUGAGCUUCAGGGAGCGCUGCCUUUCCCCAUCCAAAGGCCCCACCCAGUGGAAGAGAUAGAUCUGCACACUGACAUUUUCAAUGGCAACUAAGGUUCAGGGGCAGGGCCUUGUCCCACACGACUCCACACAGCUGCAGCAGCUGCUGGCUGUACUCAGGACAAUGUUGUCCCCUCUUCCCAAACCAACCAAGCAGCCCAGCCCAGCCCACCUCCUCUGUGACAGCAGGUUUAGGUUUAGUUCACAAACACUGUUCUCAUUCUGUGACCAGAUGCCCAAGCCCACCUUUUCUCGGGAGGGUAUCCUCUUCAGCUAGGCCCCAGGCAACACCCCGUCCUCAAGCUGAGCGGGGAUGUCCAGGGUCCCUGGGAGUCCAGUCAGCUAUCAGCAUGACAGCGAGCUGGUGCAGCCCAGAUGGGAGUCAGAAGCCUAUUGCUCCCAGCAUCCUCUAUUUCCUUCUCUCUCUUGGAAGCAGAAGGGGUCUGAUGAUAGAGGCCCUCCCUGCUCUCAAAAGCAGCCUGCCUUUGGGCUCCACAAACACACUCAUUUCCCAUACCGAGCCUUCGCAGGUCUCCCCCUGCUCUUCCUCAUCAUCCUACCAACGGACCUCAGUCUCCAGCAGACCAGUCCUGUACCACAGUUGCGACCAGGUCUGCUCUGCCAAUGCCCGCCUCCUCGAGCCACAGCUAGCUGCCAACUGGGCUGAACACCUUCUAGUGCCUGGCUCAGUGAGUUCAGGACCAAUGGCCCAAGCCUUCCUCCCACUACAGUGGGUCAGAGCUUGGCCAGGGGAUAGGCAUUCCCAGUAGCAAUCCCACAAUGCACUGUACCUCAGAGAGAGAGAGAACAUGCCACAGGGCAUCUAGUGGACCAGCCUCCAUGCAGAGGGGGGCAGCGGCUCACAAUACUGCUCACGAGAAGACAAGGGCCAGGCUGUCCUAGGACAUCCCUCAGUCUACCCUUUGGCCUCUCUGGAAGAACAAGCAGUCUUUUUCAGCCCUGAUCUCUCUCCUCCUCUCCACCCCCAAGCUGCUGAACCAUUUUUCAUGUCAAUCACAAAGAAAAAAAAGUGGGGGUGGGGGGGAACUCCUAGGAGCCUAUUACCACAUACAUAUUAAUAUGUUAAUACUUUCUUUAUUAAAGACAAUUCUCAAUGUUAUUAUUUGGCAGACUGUGCUUUAUAGUACCUGUGUGUUGGGGCUAGAACACUGGAUACCAAUAGAGCUAUGCUGGUUUAUAAUCUGUAUGCUGCGGCUUUCCUUUUGUCACAUUAUCCUCGUAAUGUAAGGAGAUUAUUAAUAAAAGCAUUUAA